ACCCCUUUAAACUCGUUCAAUCGCGAUAGGUUCUGUUUUCAUUUCAUAAACAACCUUCCAACCUCUUCGUUCGUCGUUGUUCAUCGUCGAAAAUGUCGUGCUGUGGUGGAAACUGUGGAUGCGGCUCUGCCUGCAAGUGCGGAAAUGGCUGUGGAGGAUGCAAGAUGUUCCCUGACAUGAGCUUCUCAGAGACCACUGCUACCAUCGAGACCUUCGUCGUCGGUCUCGCUCCUCAGAAGAUGUCCUUCGAGGCGUCAGAGAUGGGAGCCGAGAACGGCUGCAAGUGCGGUGACAACUGUACCUGCGAUCCAUGCAACUGCAAAUGAGCAGCCGCUCGAAUCCUCUCGAGUGGAGAUUGUGUUCGACUACUAAUAGUAUGCGUCGUAAUAAUAAUUAUCAAAUCUCCAAGCGUUUUCCUUCUGUCGUUGCGUCCUUAAUUUGUCGCGUUCAUUAUGAAUAUUAACAGUUAUGGAGUUUGUAAAAACGAAUAUGCUGUUAUGGUUCAGUGAUCGUGUUUGUUUAAGAAUUCUGUGUUUAUCCAUAUGCCUGUUUAGUGGUUUAUCCAUAUCUGUGGUUGAAAAUGAAGAACAGAGUUUGAAUCCUGUCUAA